AUGAGUGAUUUAAGUUGUCUACAUAAAUUUGUUAAUAUACAUACAGAAAUUUUUGUACAGAGCUUUUAUGCAAUUAUAGAAAGUUCACAAAUAGAAUGUCUUGAAUGUCCAGUGGAAAAAACGAGCACGGAUAAUUUUUUAUUAAAAAUUUAUUUUAACAAUAUAAUAAAUAGCAUAAGAACCUUUUUCCUCAUAAAUUGUUUUGGCACUGUGGGAUGUAUUCUUCAUAAUAAUAAAAUAGAAGAAAAGAAAAAAGUUAUCUUUUUAGGAAGAGAAGACAAGUGCAAAAAUAUAAUAGAAAAUGAGGGACCCAAUAUGAGUGAAUAUAUAAAAGAACAAAAAAAAAGUUAUGCGAAUGAUAAUAUAAAUGAUAGUGAAAAGGAAAAUUCAUCUCCUUCAUAUUCUUAUGAUUUUAAUCAACAAGAGGACAUCAAUGCUUAUCUAAAAAUGAAUGAUACCCAAUUUAAUAAUUAUGAAAAAGACAAGAAUAUUAAUAAUAAAUUAUAUAAUGAUGAAUAUAUGUUUUUAAAAAAAUGUGAAAGGGUACAUUCUCUUCGUAAAGAAUUAGAAAAUGCAACAUUAAAAUAUUCUACAAUACCAAUAUUUGAUAAUGAACAUUUAGGGUCUUUUAACAAAAGAAAUGCAUAA